AUGAGUAGGAAAGAAAGAUUAUCAGCUUUUGUACAUGAGGUGUCAACUGAAGUGAUAGAAAUUGAUAGCAAUUCAUCAGAAGCCGAUUCUAAUGUCAUCUAUUGCUAUUACAAAUUUGACUUAAUACUAACUGUUCGUUUCAAUGAAUUAAUAGAGAAAGGGCAGAAGAGGGUACAACAUACAUUAAAUAUGAAGGUUCAGAGAUAUUUACCAGCUGGUACUUCUCUAGCUGUGGCAAAGGAUAAAAUUAAAAAAGCUAGAAAAAUGGUUAAAAUUUUUAGUGAUAAUCCAUCUAAAAUUCAAUUUGUUUGUUUAUUUUCUGUAGACCAACUCUCAACUUUUAAUGAAGUCGAUAUCAAUUUCAUAAAAUCAAAAUUACCAAAGCCUAAAAUGCUAUGA